ACGAUUCUCUAACAUGUGGCAUCAGUAUGAGGGCAUAUUCGUAAUCAAGAAAGUACUUAUGAAAAAUAUUCCUUACUUUUUCAUUGAUUUGAAUGUGUGUGGAUACAACAAGCGCAAAUACAAAUGUCUGUUAGGUAAGAUAAAGCAUGCAGAGUACAUUGAUUACUAAGGAUGUAAUCAUAACUAGUAGUUUACCAGCACAAUCUACAUCGAAAAAUUCAGUGCUCAUGGAUCCUGUUGUUAGACGUAAAAUCCCUGCCUGUGUGCGUUCAUUACUGACGGAUAUUACACCAAAGGAAGAACAACACUUCAGUGACUGGUCAGAAACAGACCCUGAAACAGUCACCAAAGAUGGGUUGGCACUUCCCAAAAGAGAGUCUUCUGAAACUCUCCUGACACCAGUUGAUGGGACAGAUGGUGCAACUACUUAUGGAAGUGUAGCACCAUCACUCAAGCCAUGUGGGCUUUGUUUAUCCAAACCUUGCUGUUACACCUGCCCUAGGUGUAACAUCCCAUAUUGCGGACUGACUUGUUACCGGAGUCCAGCUCACUCAGUAUGCUCAGAGGAGUUCUACAAAGAGUCUGUGCUUUUGGAGCUGAAAUCUCAAGGAGUCACAGAUGAAGAAGGGAAAAGCAAGAUGCAGGAAAUUCUGUUAAGACUAAGACAAAGUUCAGAGAGUGGAGGCGGCAUGGAGAAUUUGCUAGAGAACUUACAGGAAGAGACUAAAACUACUGUGACGGAGCAAGAUGCAUAUGCUUUGGACUUGCUUUCAAGGUUAGCAGAGAUUCAGUCAUCUGGGGAAGAUAACAGUCAGGAGACACAAGAGAUACUGACAAAACUGAAGGAUAUUGAUGAGGGUGGUGAUGUCACAGAUGGGAGUGAUGAAGGAGGAGUUGAUUUAGCAGAGAAGUUAGCCGGGCUGGAUAUUGACUCUCUCUCAGAGGGGGAGCUCUGGUCUUUGUUGUCUGCCCAGGAGAAAGAGAAAUUUGAAGGACUGGUAAAAGGAGGAGGUAUUGGAGGGCUGGUCGCCAUGUGGAGCCCCUGGUGGGAGCGGCAUGAAAAAGAAACUAAAGCACUUAUAGAAGAAAUUAAGUCUGAGAACGAUGAAGAAAUGUGCAAUGUAAAUGAGAAAAAAGAUGGACAAACAAAUACCAGUACUGGUAACAUUCAAGAAGAGAGCAUAAAACGCAGUACAAGCGAAGUGAAAUCGGAAUUAGAUACAAAAAAGGAGCGUAUUAAAAAGAAAGAGGCAAGUAAAAAGGAUAGACCAGUAAAAAGAUCAAAUUUUGAUGUCCCUCCAAUAAGUGCCGAGAUCCCACAUCUUUGCACGUUGUCUUCAAACCCAUCUCCAUUAGUGCGGUACAACCUGGUCAAUGCUCUUUAUGGAUACACAUUCUCUCUAUGUCUCUUCAACGGGGACAUCUCAGAACCAGAAAUGUUAAUGGAGUUCUGCCAGGCAGUGCUGGCCAUCUCAGAGGGUCUGGGUGGCGGACGGGUUUUCAGCUCUGUCCCAGAUGCCAUAGAAGCUGCAAUAACGGCUGUGUCUGCAGGAGGAUACUUUUACCGUGAUGACCCUUCAGCUCCACUGAGAGCCGUGGAAGCAGUGGCUCAUAUUCUGUCUGGAGAGAGCAGAGAGGACAACGUACGCUAUUCACUGUCUGCUUUGUCUCAGCUGCGUGCAGCUUUGAAAAAAGCGAAGGCUUCUGUUCCCAAGGAAAACGAUCAGAUGAGACGGAUGUAUUUUCAAGCUUGGAAGAAGUGUGAGUUUUUCCAGUCUUGGGUCAAAGAGAGCCCUAAAGUGGUGAGGGGUCUGGCAGGAUGGGUUUGGAGGGACUAUGAGAGAAGAGAGGUUGAGAGGAUGCAACUACAGAGAGAAAAGAAGGGUUUAGAACAGGGACUUAAAACUAGUAGAGGUAAAGCGGUGUUGAUAGAAGAGAUUGAUUAAGAUUGUAAUUAUGACAAUAAUACAUGUAUACACCAAUCAGCCACAACAUUAAAAACACCUGCCUAAUAUUGUGUAGGUCCCCCUCGUGCCGCCUAAACAGUGCCAACCCGUAUCUCAGAAUAGCAUUCUGAGAUGAUAUUCUUCUCACCACAAUUGUAAAGAGCGGUUAUCUGAGUUACCGUAGACUUUGUCAGUUUGAACCAGUCUGGCCAUUCUCCGUUGACCUCUCUCAUCAACAAGACAUUUCCAUCUGCAGAACUGCCACUCACUGGAUGUUUUUUUGUUUUUGGCACCAUUCGGAGUAAAUUCUAGAGGCUGUUGUGCGUGAAAAUCUCAGGAGAUCAGCAGUUACAGAAAUACUCAAAACCAGCCCAUCUGGCACCAACAAUCAUCCAUGCGAUUAUCUAAUCAGCCAAUGGUGUGGCAGCAGUACAGUGCAUAAAAUCAUUCUGAUAUGGGUCAGGAGCUUUAGUUAAUGUUCACAUCAACCAUCAGAAUGGUGAUUUUGACCGUGGCAUGAUUGUUGGUUAAUAGAAUGCUAUUCUGAGAUGCGGGUUGGCGCUGUUUUGGCGGCACGAGGGGGAUCUACACAAUAUACAGGUGGUUUUAAUGUUGUGGCUGGUUGGUAUAAUUGUAAUGAGCUAAUGAAAGUAAUUGUGUAUUAAAAUAAUUUGUCUAAUGUUACUUUUUCUUUCCAAGUUAAGCUCAAUUAACAGCAUUUGAGGCAUACUGUUAGUUUUUACAAAAUAAAAAACCUUGUCCCUCCUUAAUAAAAAAAAAAUAAAAAAAGGAAAAAUCUGCCCUAGAGUGUGGCACUUAAAAUGGAAGUUAAUGGGCCAAUUCAUAAAUGUUAAAAUACUCACUGUUUCAACCCUCAGGCCAUUUUCCUCAUGAACAAUUAAACUGCCUCAGGACUCCCCCAUAGUGCAAUAAAGUAAAUACAUAUCUCAUGUACAUAUGUAAAUUCACAUAUUUAAUUCAAUAACUGUACAUACCAUUACCCUGCACAUACUGUACCACUUGAACAUGUACAUAUGCCAUUCUGUUAUGUCCUAUUAUUUGUAUGUCUAUUUAUAUUCUUACCUUGUUUUAUAUUCUUUGUCUCACUGUAAUGUUCUGUGUGCACUUGUUUCUUCUAUCACCCAAAAAAUUCCUUGUGAAUGUGAGAACACUUGGCAAUAAAGCUCAUUCUGAUUCUGAGAAGUAUAGCCACAAGACAUAAACAGUAUGCGUGUUAACAUGAUUUUAGUGUGAUAAAAUUGCUUACUAACUUUAUCUGUUAUAUCCAAUAUUAUAACUGUUGCCAUGACAACAAAACCAUGAAAUAAUGGUUUUGGAUAUAACUCUACACAGAUAAGGUUAGUAGGUGAUUUGAUCACACUAAAAUCAUGUAACAUGUUUUGAAACAGUAUUUUAACUUUUAUGGACUGGCCCCAUUUACAUUCAUUGUUAGUGCCUUACUGUAACUGCUUUUUAAAUACUAUAAUGUUACAACCUUUUUCUAAACAAGGGUUAAGUUGAAUUUUUUUUUGUAUUAAUCAACAUUAUGCCUCAAUUGCUGUUGAUAGAGUUUAACUUACAUUUAUGCAUUUGGCAGAUGUUUUUAUUGAAAGUGACUUACAGUGCAUUCAAUGUAUACAUUUUUAUCAGUUUGUGUGUUUGCUGGGAAUUGAACCCAUGAUUUUGGUGUUGUUAGUGCCAUGCUCUACCAGUUGAGCUACAGGAACCCCAGGAAUUGGAGUAUUUAUUGAACCUGGAACAUUUAAUUAAAGGCAUGUAUUUCAGUGAAAAAGAGACAUGGGGUAUAUAGAUCCUUUAAAUCGCAAGUUUUGUGUUGGAUUACUACAGGUUAGAAUUUUAUAGCUUUGACAGUCGUUAGGCAUUUUUAAAUGUCAGUUUUAUAUUGCUUCAUACUACAGUCUAUUUAGAGGUUCAGAAUAUACAAUAUUUACUGUUUUUUUUUUUUUUUUUUUUUUUUUUUAAACAAACAACUGAAUGAAGAUAUAGCAAUGUUAUAAUGCAACAAAAACAACAUAUGCAAUCAAUAUAUGCAGUCUGUUGACUGAUCCUCAUUAUGUCAGCCCAACGUGGAUUUCCAGAAGCAGCCUCCAAUUCUGCAUCGACAUGGUUGACAGCUUCAACAUUCUUUAGAGCUCCUGUCUGUAGCUUUGUUGUGAUCCAACAAUCUGUUGAUCUUAAACUGUUCUCUUUCUAAGAUGGCGCCGCGGAUGGCCGCCUCGGUAUGGAGCUCUCCAGUUCUUUUGCUGUUUUUGUUUGUUUGUCCUGUGUUUAGUAAUUGCAUUCUCUUUGUACUGGAUGCUUCGGUCACCAUGACAAAUUCCUUGUGUGUGCAAGCACACUUGGCAAUAAAGCUCAUUCUGAUUCUGAUUCAGAAUGCA